CUUUAAGGCCGUCUGAACGUCGUCUCUCAGUUCUUUCUCUUCGUCCUUCGACGCUCCGUUCUGCUGCAGAAACUCCAGGAAGCCGUUCACGUCUUCGUCCACGUAUUCUUUCUUCUUACGGUUCGGCUUCUUUACAGGAACCGGACCUCGAUUUGGAGGCGGGAGUCGGACUGGAGCCUCACAGCUGAUUUCAUUCAGACUCUGACGAGGCUUUCCUGGAGGUGGAGGUUCAGUUUGCUGCUAGAGCUCCGUCAACAUGCUGCAGCUGCUUGUUGUUGCUCUUCUGUUCACCGAAAACCUCGAACCCGGGAGCUGCAGUCCUCGACCAGACCAGAAGCCAGAUCAGGAUGACUGGAUCAGAAGAGCCAUUCAUUACAUGGAGUCCAACCCAGAAACGUUACAGGAGCUAAUGUCCAAAGAUUUCGAUCUGAUGGAGGGAGACAUAGUUCUAUCAAGGGACAGGAACGCUGUGGGCUCCAGGUGGCCGACACUGAGGAUACCCUACGUGAUCAGCUCAGAUCUGGACGGCCAGACUGGAGACAUCCUGGCUGCCAUGGAGAUGUUGUCCAGACACACCUGUAUCACCUUCCACAAGAGGACCACCGAGACGGACUACCUGUUCUUCAGACCCAGCAGAGGCUGUGCGUCAUUCGUCGGCUACAGAGGCGGCCAGCAGCCGGUGUUCAUCGGCCCUCAUUGUAUUGUGGGGAACAUUGUCCAUGAGGUCCUCCAUGCUCUGGGAUUCCACCACGAACACACGAGGACGGACCGCGGACAGUACAUCACCAUCCUGUCCCCUAACAUCAUGCCAGGAAAGGAGCGAAACUUCCAAAUGUAUGAUGGUGAAACCUUUAACCUCCCAUAUGACACCGCGUCCAUCAUGCACUACGGCAGCACAUUUUUUUCGUCCAAUGGUUUGCCAACCAUCGUCGCUAACAAAGACGUGAAUGGGAUGGGACAGAGAGUUAAAAUGACCGAGACAGAUGUCAAGAGAGUUCGAGAACUUUACAGCUGUGAUUCUCUGAAACAUGAAACUGAAACCAGGAAGACGGACGACAACGGAAACUCAAGCAUGGCCGACGCCGUGACCUCUGACCUCGGCACCAACAGAACCAACCAGAGCUCCUCGUCCUCCAUCACUGUGGUUCCUCCUGUCUCCCUGCUGCAGCUCACCUCCACCAGCAGGAGGUGCAGUAACUCCACCAGGCCACUCUGACCCACUCACCAAUAAACCAGUUGUUCCACA